CGCCCGCGCUCACACUCGCACACAGUCGUGCUCUUGUGACUCGGGUGAGUGCGCAUGAAAUUACAGUCGCUAUCUCAGGCGCGCGUUCUGAGGUAACAGUAACAGCGCUUCAGUCUGGGAGAAUCUGACUUGAGUCUAGCACACACAUCCACUGGAAAGAGCAGCAGUCACGGGCUUUACGCGGAGAGCCAACACUUCGGAAGGCUACAGGUUUAAGUCUGUCACUGGGCAGCAUGACGGAGGUGAUGAACAGCUGCGAAUCUGCGGUGGGAGACUACGGUGUGAGCGGCGCGUCUGAGGACCAGAACAUCUCUUUUCAGAUCUUCCCAGACUCCCAUGAACGGUUCCCAAAGCUUUCCAAACGCUUGCCAUCCAUCGUGGUCGAACCCACUGAGAGCGGGGAGGUGGAGAGCGGGGAACUCCGCUGGCCUCCUGAUGAUUUGAGCCCUACAGACGACCCCAGAGACAAACAGGCCCAGGCUGCAAGUGACAAGCCCACAGAAGACAGCCAAGAGGUCGCGACGGGAACGGAAAACUAAUGGGCGAUGGUUGGCACCAAUCCAGCCAAUCACUGUGAAUGUCUUCAUUAUGGACAGGAGUGAAUGGGAGACUCCACCAGUUAGGUCUGCCUAUCAUCCACACUAGAGCCGCCCACCUGUUGACCUCCACUCCCCUAGGUGGAGCUGAGGCCUGAGAGACUGUCUUAACCGAACUAGCUCACGUGCCAAACUCUAGUGAUAGUCAGCUGCUGUGAUUGAGUUGUAAAUGAUCUUCAAUAACACCAUGAUACCCAUUAGAAGUCACCUAUGCCUGCUAAAUUAGAGAUUGGCAUCCAUUUAUGUAUUUAUUUGCUUUGGACCAAAGUCUUUCAUUCCUUCCUAUUAAAAGCACAUAGCUUCAGGAUGUUAAUUUGAUGUAUUAUAUCAGCGAAAAUGGAUUUUGGAUAAUAUGAACUACAGUGCAUAAAAUGUAGAUUUCAAACUCUACGCUAUGUACAGUAGAUCUUGGUUUGUUUUCACGUUCACACACUACUACUAGUGUUUUCUUUUCAGAUUUGCACAUACUCUUUGCCAUUUGCAUUAAGUCUCUGUUAUUCACAUCGCUGCUGCUUAUUUACUAGUGUUCGUCGAGCUGCUGUAAAUGUAGCUUUCUUUGCCUUAGACAUUUAUUUGUUGUUACACUAUAUGUACGUCAUAAUUUAAAUGAAACUACUGUUUGUAUGUUCAGACAUGAUUAUUUUACCCAUUAAAAUGUAUCUGUCACCUUCCUAAGGAAAAUCUUUGGGGGCUUCAGAGUCUGUUGAAUAUCACUGUAUUCUGUUACAAAUCUACUGCUCUUUUGAUGUUUGAGUAUUGGUCUUCAAUUAUUAAUAAUCUGUCUGGGAAUGGGAAUGAAUGCAGCGCAGUAUCACUUAGCAUUAAAGGCAGUUAUUUCUA